AUGACACGCUCAGUGACGGACGGCGCCCUGGCCAACUCCAAGCCUGUGACGCCGGACAAAGCGACCCCUCCCGUGCGACGCAAGACUCGACAGCGCUACCUCGGGAAGACCAAAGCUGACAGCGAAACGCCAGCUUCUGUGACUAUUAGUUCAUCUAAAUCAUCUACGACUCAAAGCACCCAAACAGAGGAGAAGGUGGAGAGUGCAAGGAUCCCAGAUGCCAAUGUCCCACGUGCUGCAAAGGGAGCUGCCGCAGCCGACUUUCCCGCUAAGCAAGGUGACCUGGAACUUGCCCGCCCUACAGCUCCCCGGGUCACUAAGGCCACGGCUUCGACGCCUCUACCUGGGUCAUCCCAACAUCCUGCCUCAUCUCUAAGCGACGCCGCUGCGCCAACAACCUCUUCCCGCAAGGCCAAGAAGGGCCGGCAAUCCUUGAAUAACUUGAUUGCGCUGCUCAACGUUCAUGCUGAGCCACCCAGUCGCAAGGAAGAGAACCCCAGCGUUGAUAUGCGGUGCAUUGUGAAAGCGCUUCUGGUACCGCUUGUCAUAAUGGUUGCUGUGGGACUCAUCGUCUUUCUGCAAACCCAUGGACAAAUUAAGCGGGACAGGUUUUGUACCACGAAAGGCUGCGAAGAACAUAAGAAUCGCAUUGAGACUCAGCUAGACAAAAGCGUGGAUCCUUGCGACGAUUUCCGUGCUUACGUCUGUGGAGGCUGGGCAUCUCGCAAGGAGUUCCGACUGUCACGCUCCCAGAUGAGUGAUAUGCACUUGGCCUGGCUCUACAAGCUUCCAAAGACACUGGACUCAGGCGUUGCACACUUUCCUAUAGGUAGGAAAGUUGACGCGAUGUUCAAAAGCUGCGUGACACCGGGUAAGUCGCAAGUGAACGUCAUGAAAGAAUUUAUGAAGGAACGAGGCAUGCUCUGGCCAGAAAAACCACCAGAAGAUGUUGACCCAGCGAUGGUGCUCUUCGACCUUUCUUUCAACUGGAAUGUGCAGCUGUGGUUUACCCUGAAGGUCCUGCCAGCCAUUCCAGGAAAGGUCAAGCGGCGUAUAUUUUUCAUGCUUAAUGACCUCAUAGUAUUUUGGAAGAAUGUGUGGAACAUGAUCCCACCACAAUACAACUAUGGACACUACACCACCGUCUUCAAGAUGUUCGCGAACGACACCAGCAAUGUUCCGGACGCCCAGAGAGGUGCGCUGACAAUACAAACGGUGAAUUACGUUUUCAACACCUUGGCACCGUCAUGUCCUUGUAAAGCCCGGAUACCGUCACUGUUCCGCCUCGGUGACAUUGACAAUAUCACUUCUCUUCUCAAGGGAGCACGCAUAAGAGACAUGUUCAAUGCCGUGUUGGGUAUCUCUCCACCCGUUGCAUUGGACGAAUUGGUGCUCUUAAACGACCUGUCGCUGCUGAAAAAUGUCGAGACAAUACUCAGGCAUUUCAACGACACAGUUCUGUUGCGCCACGUGUCCUAUCUAUUUGUAUACACGUAUGCGGCAGUGGCCUAUCCCUUGGGCUUUAUGCUGGUACUUCAUGGCAGUGAGGCACGCGCCAAGCAGGAACUGCCCCGUUUCUGUGCUGGCCAGAUCGAGCCAAGUUUCAAGCUUCUUGUAGCUGCCAUGGCUUCCGUCACGCACUUUUCUGAAGAGGAACGUCGCCAUGUCGUCGAGCACCUCGAUCACAUCGUAGAGGUGGCGUCGAACAAAACGAGGGCCUGUGAGUGGUUGGACGCCAAGAUCAAAAAUAUGGCGGUGGAGAAGCUGAGCAACGUCCGCACAGUCUUGUGGCCUUCGAAGAAGUUUCUGGCUGCGAACGUGCUGGAGGAAGUCUACAAAAGCUUUCCCGACCACGCUUCCUCGUUUACAAAGUUCUGGAUUGAGACGCACCGCAGUCAACGCCAACUGUUCGGAUCUGAUGCGGCCGCUGAGGAGUUGGUGCUCGGCGACAAUGCCAAGUUGCCGUACGUGAACUACGUAGACAUGCUCAACCGUCUAUCCCUCUCCCUGGGAGCGCUGGCACCACCACUUUACUAUGCCGAUGGCACCAACGCCAUGUUGCAUGGUGGCAUCCUGUACAUGUACGCCCGUGCCCUUUUGGGUGCCGUUGACAACAAAGGAAUUAUGAUUAACUCCCAAGGCGAGACCGUCACAUCAUUGAUGAGUGACGACGUUCUGGACACAUUCGAGCAGCGCACUCUGGGUUGCCUGCCUGGAAACGAGAGCAUCUUUCCAGAGGUUCCCGCUAUGGAAGUGGCCUAUGCAGCCUUCAGGCUGAACUUCCAUGAGUUAACGGAGGAGAAGGUGUUCUUCAUCACCGCCUGCCUCUCCAGUUGCUCCAUGACUCCAGCCGACAAUCUCUACGGUGGAGACUGCAACAAGGCAGUGAUGAACUUCGCCCCGUUCGCGAAGGCCUUCGGUUGCCCCGUUGGUUCCAAGAUGAACCCAGCGACCAAGUGUUCCUUCUACGACUGA